AUCUGGUAUCGGUUGUCCUUCGUCCUCGUCCCUUUGUCUUUCUGCUCGCUGUGCGGCUUUUGCUCCCCUGCUCUUCUCUGCACGUCUUUCAUUCGGGCCUUUCUUCGUUCACUGUUUCCGUUCCCUUGCAAUUGUAUUUCAGCACAUACUUCAGCACAUACCGACCAUCACCACCAGUUCCCACAUAUCGACAAUGUUCUCCACCCGUUUCCUUACCCUCUCCGUCUUCGUCGCUCUCAUCGGUAGUGCAUUCGCGUUGCCCACUCCCGGGACUUCAAUCCUCGCCGCUCGCCACGGCGGAGCGCAAGAAGAAUCCGAACUCUUCCUCCGCGAAGUAGCCCGCAUCGCAGCCCUCCAGGCCCGUGAGCCCACUCCCGCACCCGAGCCCGUCCUCAAAGCCGACUUCUCCGGCUUCGAACCCGACUACAAACGUUCCCCUUCCCCUGAACCCGUCCCAGAGCCUGCAGCAUCCGGGCCUGUAGACGAUCUCUUCGCUCGUGAGAUCUCUCGCAUCCGUGAGGCCGAACUUCAACGCCGUGAUCCUUCGUCUACUACGACCAUCACCGUCGGCGAUGUCACCAUUAAGCAGCAGAGCAAGCGUGUCGAGGAGGAGGAGGAGGAGGAGGUAGAGGAAAGGUCAUUGGAUAGCGACGGUGACGACAGUUCCGCUGACCUGCUCAGCGCUGAGCUUAACCGUAUCUCUGCUAUCGCGAAGGCGAAGAGGGAGGCGGAGAAGGCUGAGUUGUUGAGGCGGGAGUUCGAGAGGAUUGCGAUUGUGACCAGCAGGCCAAAGUCCCAGGGUAAGAGGGAGGUUGUUGAGUUUAGGAGGACGGAGGAAGGGGAGGAGUUGUUGAGGAGGGAGAUUGAGAGGAUUGCGGGGUUGCAGAGGAGGAGUGAGUGAACGGUCGACGGUUACAAGUCAUUGCUCUCAUAUCGUCGCUCUCUUUCUUCCUGGGCCGGCGAGAACUUGGUCUACGUUCUUCUGAGCUGGUUUCCCCGAUGUGCGAGUUGGUAUAGCAUGUCGUGUUGUAUUUCAUAAGGGCUUUUUGGUGUACACCGGAAUAUAUGUGGGCACGUCAGGUUGACGUUGGACAAGG